AUGGAGCGUUUCAUACAGAUGAGUGAUGUGUAUGGUUCCCGGAUUGUAGUAAAAUUCAAUACACACAAUUUAUAUUCAAUACACACAAUUUAUAUUCAAUACACUUUUAAAAUAUUCCAAUGACAUAAAUAGCAUAUUAUAAUUGGAGAACAUGUAAAAAUGGAUUAUUACACAUAAUUUGCAAAGUAAAUAUCCAUAAUAUAUUAUAUAAAGUAGUAAAAUGUAAUAUAAUAUUGUUUGCUAUAAAAUAUUUAUAAAUAUAAAAUACUUUUUUAUAAUAUUUUUAUAUUUGCAAAUACACAUAUUUCUUUGUACCUUCAAGGCAUAACAUCUCUUUGUCUUUGAGGAAAAUCCAAACUUUCAGGAGGCAUAUUAUAUACCACAGUGUAUGAUUAUCUUUCCCAUGACAACUGUGCCAAUUUAUUAUCAAAUUUGGUACAAAAUUAUUCAAAUAAAUCCACAUGAUUUUCAAAGUAAAUAUUUGUAAAAAUAUUGUGUUUUCAAAACUGUACUGCAGGCUCAUAGUCUACCCUCAUUACACUUUGUGUAACACAUAGUAUCUUGGCUUAGUAUAAAAACGUGCUCGCCAUAUGGUAUAAUUUUUUUCAACAAGUGUUUUAUGUUUGACUUUCCUGAAUCUUUCAUCAGUUUGUACUGAAGUAAUUAUGCCACCAAAAAGGGCUAGAAUUUCGGCUGAAUGUGCAAUUGCAAAUAUAAUGAGAGUCAUGGAUGAUGAUGACAACAGUGACAGUGAUGAUGGUGAAAUUGAUAGUGAUGUUGAGAGUGAUUUGGAUAGUUUAUAUGGAGAAACAGGUCAUUGAAAUUGUAUGUCUUUUCAUGUACUAACUGUGGAAAACAAUAAAUCAUUUGAAAUAUUAUUAUGAAAGCUGAAUAGCAUCUUGUUACCUUUCAAGCCCAAAUUUACAAAUGUUUAUUUGCAGGCAAUGAAGAAAAUAUGGAAAGACAAGGAGAGGCUGAGAAUGAAAGCUGCCAGGAUGAAACAGAGGAUCAAAUGGAUGAACUCUCUGAAUCUGACUAGGACAUACGAGCAGGUCGAUUGAAGCGCAGACAACUCACAAAGAAUCGCAUUGUGAACUGUAUCGAUAAAGCUCUGGAUAUAAAUAAUUACAAUCCAUACCAAAUUCCCAAAGACCUGAAGCAUAUUGAAAGCGUAGUGAAAGUAGACAAACACCGGGAGAAUGAUGUUGUCCGUGUUUUCCAAAAUAAACCACCAACAGCAAACAUCGGUCGUAACAAUCGUGCAAAUGUCAUAACUGGAAGACAAGGCCCUCAACCAAAGGCAAGAGUUACUCCAACACCCCGAGCUGCAUUCGAGCUGUUUUUUACAGAAGAUAUCAUGGCAACAAUUGUUUCCUGCACCAACAGAAAGAUUCAGAGCUUCAUUUCGACACUCCCAGAUAAUUUUGUUUCCCAAAACAGUAAAUACGCGUACGUAAAGGAAACCUGUGUUGAUGAGUUAUAUGCCAUUAUUGGUUUGUAUAUCUAUCGAGGACUGUACAAACUAAACACUGUCUCUGUAGAUAAGUUAUUCUCGAAUACGUAUGGUCCACCAAUAUUCAGCGCAACUAUGUCAAGAAAUCGUUUCACAUUUAUCCGAGCAAAUCUGUGUUUUGAUGACUCGAGUACAAGGGACGAUAGAUGGAAACAAGACCGUUUUGUCGCUAUAAGAGAGAUCUUUGAAUCUUUUAACUUUGAAUGUAUGUCAUGCCUUGUACCAAAUGAUUAUCUCUCUUUGGACGAAACACUUUAUCCCAUGAGGAACCAAAUUUCCUUCAAGCAGUAUAACCCAAAUAAGCCAGCUAAGUAUGGUUUAUUGUUCAAAGCAAUCAAUGCUGCAAGGUACCCUUACACAUUUAUUGCUUCUCCAUACUGUGGUAAGCCAACAGACGACGGUGGAAAGUACUACGUACAGGGUACAGAAGCAAUUGUAAAACAAAUGAUUGAGCGCUUAUUGGAAAAUAAAGUGCCGCUAGCUGGAAGGAACAUAUCGUUUGAUCGGCUAUAUACAUCACUUAGCAUUGCACUCUGGUUGUAUGAGAAGAAUAUAACAUGUCUUGGCACAAUGCAAAUGAAUCGGAAAGGAGUUCCAGCUGAAAUGAAAGAUUUUAAGAACAGGGAGAACUUAUCAUCUGAAGUAUAUUGGCAGAAAGAUGGUCCACUGUCCUUAUCGUCAUAUGUUGUCGAUACAGCAAGCGGGAAGAAGAAUGUACUGAUGUUAUCGACACUCAAGCAAAUCCUUGGUACAACCAAAGACGACAGUCGUAACAAGUUGGCAUUGUACAAACUGUAUGAUUUUACGAAAGGUGGUACCGACAUUGUUGAUCAACGGAUGGCAUUUCACACAAGCAAAACCAAGUCACGAAGAUGGACCAUGGUUGCGUUAGCCUACAUGAUUGAUACGGCUCGUGUAAAUUCAUCCACAAUGUAUGCCUUGAAUAAGAAUGUCGAUCCUGUCAAACAAAAGUCUUUUGAGUAUGGAUUUGAGUUGGUUAUGCAAUUAGUCAAACCUCAUAUUGCAAGACGAAACCAAACCUGUUUGCCUAUGGUUGUCAAACAAGAGAUUGGGCUAAUAAUUGGUGACAAUCGCCAAAAUGACCAAUCCGAUGCAGAUGAUGGCCCAGCAUUUGGAGAGAGUAGAAGGAGGUGCACUCUGUGUCAAAAAGCAGCAGCUGGAAAGGGUUACUCUGGAAGAAAAGGUUCUAUAAAAUGUGUGAAAUCACUCUGCCAGUCGUGUGGUAAUCCAACAUGCCAGGAACAUAUGGUUCAAAAAUGCAAAGAUUGUUAAGAAAAAUAGUGGUAUUUAUGGACAUCAGAGGUAUGCCAUAACAUAAAAGUAUGUCUUUUGAAUCUAAAUAAAACAAAAAAUAUCACAUCCAAAAUGUUUUUAUAUUUUUAUAAAAAAGACCCAAAAUGGAUAAAAUAUUAGCAAUUUUUGCCAUUUUUUGAUAGGCGGUCAUAAUGAAAGGGGCCAAAAAGCAUCAUUUUGGAUGUGAAUUUAACUUUUUUGUUAUUUUUAGGUAAAAGAAAGAUAAAACUUCCUAAAAAUAACACUGAAAGGAUAAUUUCAAUUAAUCGACAGGAUUUCUGAGGGGUGCGCCCUAUCAGCGCACACCCGGUCAUACUAACAUAAAAAAACCCCGGUACAAAUAGGGUUAAGGCGUUCGAUCGGCAGGAAGACCAUAGUAAAGGCAUUUCCUGGAGCAUCGGUUACUCAUAUGAAGCAUUAUGUGAAGCCUACUAUUGAAAAGAACCCCGAAUUCAUUGUACUACACGCCGGGACGAAAGACAUCAACCAGAAAGAACCAAAAGAAAUUGUCAAGGAAAUGGAAUCUCUUUGUACAGGUAUAGUAACGAACAGUUUAUCUAAAGUUGCUAUUUCCGAAAUCAUACAAAGAGAAGACGAAUCAAUGAACAUAAAGAUAAAAAACACGAAUAAUCAUUUAGCUAAACUUUGUAGUAAAUACAAGUGGGCAAUUGUCCAGCAUGGUAAUAUUAACAUAUCUAACCUAACCUUAAUGUCUCUGGCUUACACCUGAAUAUAACAGGUACAGCAACAUCAGCAAAGAACUAUAUCAACUUUCUAAAGCAUUGAUUAAGUCUUCCAAAGGUCAGUGACCUAGAAUACAUCUACCAUAUUUGUAGCAUAAUUAAUAAUCCUGACAAAACAAAUCUUGAAAAUGUAAAUCAAACUCCUAUGGCAACCCCAAAUAUUGAUACAUCAAGCAAUAACUCCUUCAAACAAGAUGAAUUAGUACCAACAAUUCGUGGUUUAAAAUAGCCAGCUUAAAUAUUACUAGUCUGCCGAAACAUGUGGACGAAUUAAGAGUCGCAAUGAAAAAUAAUGAAAUUGAUGUCCUUGCAAUUAAUGAAAGCAGAAUGGACAACAGCAUAGCACCUGAUUUAAUAACAAUACAUGGCUACAACUGGGUUUCCAAACAUAGAAAUAGAUUUGAGGAUGGUAUUGGUUUCUACAUUAGAAAUACAAUAAAUUAUUGUCUUAGACCAGACCUAAAUGAUAAUGAUCUUGAAAUUUUAAAAUUUGAAAUUAUUAAAAACAAAGUUAAGCCAUUCCUAAUUACAACAUGGUACAGAUCGCCAAGCCGGCGAUUCAAUCAGCACUUUACAGUAUAUAUAUAAAUUUGAGAGUUGUUUAAAAUUAAUUGAUAACAAAGACAAAGAAAGUGUUAUCUUAGCUUAUCUUAGAGGAUAUUAAUUGUGAUCUCCUAGACAACAAUCCCACGUCACUAGUAUCAGAAUUGAAAUUUAUUACAAAUCUAUAUCAAUACGAACAAUUGAUAAAAAAGCCCACUAGGGUUACAAAAGAUACUUCAUCCCUUAUAGAUCAUUUUUAUACAACAAACACCAACCACAUUAUUUCUAGUGGUGUGACAGCUAUUACUAUCAGUGAUCAAACUUUUAAACAGUCUCCACGGUUUAUUGAAUAUCGGGAUUUUAAACACUUCAAUGUACAAGACUUUAUGUGUAAUCUAACAUCGUUAUAAAAUUUGAAUCUCAUCCAUUCUGAUCCUAAUAAAUCUUGGACAAUUUGGAAAAACAAAUUCCUAAAGAUUGUAAAUAUACAUGCCCCGCUUAAAGACGUAAAGUAUCCACUAAACAAAUACCGUGGUUAACGAAUGAUCUUAUUUUAAAAAAGCGGGAGAAGACCUAUUUAAAACGCAUAGAAGUGUUAUCAAAGUCUAUGACUGACUGGUCCGACUGCGGCCACGCAAGAAGUCGCUAUAAUAAACUAGUGAAAGAUACAAUCCGCAGUCAUUUUCAAAAUAAAUUACAUAAUAACCAAGGUGAUCUUAAAAAAACCUGGAAAACGAUUAAUGAGUUAAUUAACAAGUCUAAAGAAGAGAAUACAGUUCUAGCAGUAAGAAUUGAUUCUGUUGAAAUUACUGAUCCGAUAAACAUCACAAAUGCAUUCAAUAUGCAUUUUGUAGAAAUGGGAGAUAAGCUUUCGAAUGAUAUACCCCCAAUCAAAUUAAAUCAGUUAACCUGUUUUAGAGAAAUUGCAGAACCAGAAAUAUUAGGUUUACUUCAGGGAUUGGUUGCCUUUAAAGCAUCCGGCAUCGAUGGAAUUUCAGCAAAAAUUUUGAAAAUCGCAGCUCCAGCAAUUACUCCAUCAAUUGUAUCCAUUUUUAAUCAAUCAAUCGCAACUGGUAUGUUCCAAUCUGAUUAGAAAGUCGCUAGGGUAGCUCCAAUACACAAAACAAGAGCUAAGCACGAUAUGGAAAAUUACAGACCGAUAUCUGUUAUUUCAAUUAUAGCGAAGAUUAUGGAGAAACUGAUACAUAACCAAUUAUAUGACUAUCUUAUAGCUUCAACCUAGUAACAAAUUCCCAGUUGACACGGCUUUAGACCAUGUCAUUCAACAACCACAGCUCUAUUAGAUAUCACUAAUAGAUGAUACUAAAACAUGGACGUAGGACAAUUAAAAAAUGGAGUUGUAUUUUUAGAUUUAAAAACGACCUUUGAUACUGUUGACCACGACGUUCUUCUAAAAAAAAAAAAAAAUUUAUGGCAUAAAAGGCAAUAAAUUCUGUUGGUUGCGAUCAUAUCUAUCAGACCGAAUCCAAUAUUGUCAAGUAAAUGGUCACCUGUCAGACCCCCUAACCGUGAAGACCGGAUUACCACAAAGCUCGGGAUUAGGCACAUUAUUGUUUUUGAUCUAUACUCAAAUGAUUUUCCAAAAUGUCUAAGACACACUAGACCAGAUAUGUUUGCCGAUGACACCCAAAUUGCAACAUCUAAUAGCGAUAUCAAUGCGACUAAGUCGCUUGGCCUAAUGAUUGAUGAUACUGUAUGCUGGUCGGCCUCUGCUGAAAAAAUUACAAAAAAAGUUAACUCAGGACUCAGCAUUAUUAGAAGACUGCGGGAUAUUGUUGAUUAUAUUACUUUAAUAACUGCUUAUAAAUCAAUAAUCCAACCACACUUUAGCCCCGUUUACACUACGCUCAAUUUUUGGUACGGCACGGAUAAAAUUGGUACCCGUACCACUUUUUUGGUUCUUGGACUACCUAUUUAGCUAAGCCCCGUUUACACUACGCUCAAUUUUUGGUACUGUACUACUUUCUGGUUCUUGAGCUUACCAAAAAAGUAGUACGGGUUCCGUGCCGUACCAAAAAUUGAGCGUAGUGUAAACGGGGCUUUUGAUUAUUGCUCCCAAGUUUGGGGUUGCCUAGGAAAGGUUUUAUCAGAUAAACUUCAGCGUCUCCAAAAUAGAGCGUUUCGUAUUAUUACCCGUGAAGGAUAUGAAACGAGAUCAAAAGAUAUUCUAAUCAAGGCAGGAUUUUCAGAUCUGCAAACAAGAAUACAACAACUUGCUACAUUAAUGUACAAGAUUAAACAUAAAAUGCUUCCAAACUACCUGCACGAUAUUUUCAUCAAUACACAAGAAGUCCAUAAUCAUAACACUAGGCAUAGAGAAUUUAAUUAUACAUUACCAAUGCCAAAUACUGAUGCUAUGAAAAAAUCAUUGGGCUACAAGGUGCGGAGACUUGGAAUGCUGUCUGUCCCGAUUGGGAAGAAUUCGCUAGGAAGUCUAGCAACUUUUAAGAUUGGGGUAAAACAAUGUAGAUUGAUAUAAUGUUAAGUUAUCAAAUUCUUUAAUAUUUAUAGUAUAACGCACACGGCCUAUUGGAAGAUCACUUUUUCUGUAGAUCACUUUUUUUGUAAAUAAUAUAUUUUAAUCUACUGUGAAAUAGCACCAUGUAUAAAUAAAGUUGAAGUAUCUAAAUAGUGGAAAGAAAUUAGAAAACUUGGUUAUGGUUCUAGCAAAAUGGAAUGGUGUGAGCGAUUAAUGGGCGAGGCAACCGGUACAAUAGAUGAACUAGCUGAGAACAUAAAUAGUUUUUUCGACGUGUACAUCCAGCAAGCUUAUACAGAUGCAAGUAAUAUAUCUUACACUUUCACCUCCUUUCUUUCUAGCUCGGUUUCCAGAUAAACCUACAAACCUCACGUUCACAAACAUCAAGUCAAGAAGUGCUGAAAUAUCUUGGCUAGAUCCAGAGAACACAGGAGAUGGAAAUCUUACAGAAUUUUGGAUUCAACUCCAAAAAGAGAACUCCCUUAUCCUGAAUAUUACCACAAAUAAAGUGAACAAAUACAAAUUAGGCAAUCUCACUCCAUUCACUACAUAUGAAAUAUCCCUGGCUGCUGGGAAUCAAAACAGUCUCGGUGAAAAGACCAUUACUUCAUUCAUAACAUCUGAAGAAG